ACGGGAACUUUUAAAGUUCUGUAAUGAGGGCGAAUGUUCGUUAGAAGACAUUAUUGGAUCAACUGAAGUUUUUUCUGUCUCCGCCAAGAAGUCUGGAACAAAGCAAUUGGAAAAGUUAUGUAAAGAGAGAUAAGUGAUUGAUAACUGCCUGUACAGUAUGAGUGAUAAGAAAAAUGUUUUACGCAAAUGCGAUAUUCAGCUAAGGUUCCGUAUCGAGGACAAUCAAGAUCAAAUUCAAAUAAGAUAGAGGACGAGGGAGAAUUGAUCUCGGUUCUUUUCGUAGUGUCAGAAUAACAUUCAGACUCGUCGUAGGGAAGGUUUUCCUGACUUUUCUACGUCUAUUGAAAAGGGAAUUUAACUGUUCACGGGUUCUAUUUCGCCUGUUGCGGGGAUGGGGGCUGCGCCGGGCUCGGGCUGGGAAGAGGGGGAGUUCGAGUUCAAGUUGGUGUUUGAGGAGGAUCAGACCCGCGGCCCAUCCCCGCUGAGCAACGCCGACCGGGACCCCAGCUCCGUGGGGGAGAGGACGGAGAGAGCCCCUGCGCAUCUUGAAACAAGCAACAGCACCGAUACCUCCACACAUAUCGGCCAGCCGUUGGGCAUCCCGUCGCCACCCAGCUCCUCCAGUCAGAGGGCCGGGAUGCAUUCCCCACCCCCACGGAGAGCCCUGGUGCGGGAGUUCAGCGGGACGUACGAGAGCCUUCCUGCACGAUCCAUACAGGUGUCUGAGUCCAGAGUUCUCGAGUGCCCCAGCAUCCAGAUCACCACCAUCUCCCCUGAGGAUGACUCGGCGCUGGCCGGAGGAGGUUACUGGGACACCGGCGGCGGUUGGGACCGCGAGCGCCUCUACCUGCCGCUGCUGGACCCCUUCUGUUACCGCGACGGCAUGACGGGGGCGGGCUCGCUCAGCCCCAGCCCCGCCUCCAGCCCGUCCUCCCGCGGCUGGCUCAGCCCGGCCUCCAGCUGCGAUUCGCUGCUGGCCGAGGAGGAGGAGCUGAACGAGGCCACCUCCCACUUCUGCCUGUCGCCCUCCUCCCGCCCCACCUCCCCCGGGGGCAAGAAGCGCCGGAACUCCCCCUGCGCCUCCCCGUGCACCUCGCGCCGGAGCAGCUACUCCGAGGAGCACCCGUCGGCCCUGGAGACGGGGCAGGGGGACCCCCAGAGUCAGGCGCCGGGCGGAGGCUGUGAGCUCAACAUCCCCCAGAAGACCAGGAAGACCUCCCUGGAGCAGGUCUCCUCCAGAGAGCUGGAACAGGACCAUGCCCCUCCUGCUCAGAGCUCUCCGUGUCCACUGCCAGAGUCACGGGGCCUGAGGCGGGAGCCCCCCUCUAUGGGGAUGAACUACCUGUCCGUGCCUCCUGCCCUGGGGUGGGGCAGGACCAGGGCUAGUGCACAUAGCCCUCUGUUCAGGUCAAACGCCUUGCCUCCACUUGAUUGGCCACUCCCCUCUCAGUUUGACCAGUACGAGCUGCGCAUUGAGGUGCAGCCUCGCCCGCAUCAUCGCGCCCACUAUGAGACAGAGGGCAGUCGGGGCGCAGUCAAGGCAUCGCCCGGAGGCCAUCCUGUCGUGAAGCUUGUUGGGUACACAGAGAGACAGCCGCUCUCCUUACAGGUGUUCGUGGGAACCGCUGAUGACCGGUCCAUCCGACCACACCCAUUCUAUCAGAUUCACCGAGUCACAGGGAAAAUGGUGGGCACUGCCAGUCAGGAGAGUAUCCAGGCUGGGACUAAACUCCUGGAUAUCCCACUCAAUCCAGAGACCAACAUGACGGCUUUAAUUGAUUGUGCGGGCAUUCUGAAGCUGAGGAAUUCCGACAUAGAACUCAGGAAAGGAGAAACUGACGUCGGGAGAAAGAACACGCGUGUCCGUCUGGUUUUCCGCACACACAUUCCGCUGGCUCCACCGCUAGCUCCACCCGGACGGGUGCUGGCCCUGCAGGUGGCGUCUCUGCCAAUCGAAUGCUCUCAGCGUUCGGCUCAGGAGCUGCCGGUGGUGGAGUCGGUGAGCCUGACGUCGUGCUCCGUGGAGGGGGGAGAGGAGCUGCUGCUGGGCGGCUCCAACUUUCUGCCCACCUCCCGGGUGCUCUUUAUGGAAAGAGGUUCAGAUGGAAAACUACAGUGGGAAGAAGAGGCUCACAUAGAUCAUGAUAAAAGUAACGAGUGCCUGCUGUGUGUGCGAGUGCCACCCUACAGUGACCAAUCAGCGAGCCGCCCUGUACCAGUCUGCCUGUACGUGUCCAAUGGGAAGAGGAAAAGAAGCAGCACCCACUGUUUCAAGUACCUGCCAAUCAUGUUCAAAGAGGAGGACCCCCUCCUGUCCCAUCCCUCAGUGCUGCCCCUGGAGGGGGUGGGCAUGGGGCCCUUCGGGGGCUCAGGGGUGUCGGACAGGGGCCUGCACCUUAGAGGGGACACCCCCAUGGACGAGCGAGGCCUGGGCUUCCACCUGCCCCCGUACCCCAGUGACUUCUCUUACUCAGGGCAAAACUACCAGGAGGAGUACUGCUCCAAGCCCGAGGGCCAGGAGGAGAGCGGAGGUGGAGGUGGAGGGAGGGGGGCUUUGUCCGAGAGGCAGCCCAGCUUUGAGAGCUUGGAGCUGGGCUUUACCGAGCUCCUGCCCCCCCUGUACCCCCGCGGCGUUGCCCAGCCUCCGUCGCCCUCUCCCUCGCCGUGGCUAGACUCCCCGUACCUGUCGUCCUCGCCGUCCCCGUCCCACUCCUCCUCCCUCAGCCCGUUCCCCGCCAGCAGCCCUAUCUCCACCUCCCCGUUGCCCCCGUUGCCCCACUCGCCCUACCACCCCAGCUGCCCCUACCCCCAGGAGGUGUGCCCCUGCCCGUGCCCAUCCCCACCGGCCAAUCACGUCCUCCCUCAGGACCUCUACCCGCCGCCCCCUUACAGUCAGUACGAGGGCUGGGAGACGCAUGGCAGGGGGCCCCCAGAUAGGGAGUCCGCAGGGGGCAUGAAGAUGCAGGAAGGACCCCUGGAGUUCGCCAGCUCCUCAUCCAUGCACCACAUCACACUGGAGGAGGUCACUGAGUUCAUUGGGGAAGACAUCAGAUCUUUCCAGUCUGGUCCACACAUGGAGAGCAGACCUGGAUGACCACCAUGGUCUCUCAUCCCAACCCAUUUUAAAGUGCAUUAAUGUUUUAAUAACACAGUAUUCCUAUGAUAUUGUAUUAUGUUUUAUAUAUUGCAUAGACGUGGCAAUAUAUGAAAGGACUGCAGGUCUUGUUCCACUGUUGGAUUGCAAUUUAAAUACAGGGGCACUGUUGUAAGUAUAUUUGUAUAAAAAGGGCUUCCUCUUGGAGACAGCACAUUUGAAGGGAACUAAUGUUUUUAACCUGUUUGCUAAAUAAAUUAUAAAAUUAAAGUUGUAACACUUGUUUA